AUGACUCGCCUUCAGCCGUACCAGGGUACAAGCCGUAAGCUCGUCUUAGCUAUCGACAUCGGUACUACAUAUAGUGGUGUUUCUUAUUGUGUUUUGGAUCCUGGCGAGGUCCCCAAGAUUCUAAGUGUCACACGGUUUCCAGGACAGGAGGGCGAGAACAAGUCAAGAGAUGUCAAGAUACCUUCGGUCCUCUAUUACGACAAACAAGGCCACAUAAAAGCAGCAGGAGCUGAGGCGACCUUGCAGGGCACUCAAAUUCAAGCUGUUGAUAAAGGAUGGAUACGCGUCGAGUGGUUCAAGCUCCAUUUGCGUCCGCCCUCGAUGCGAUUAAGCGAGCCUCUGCCGAAGAUUGCAACUCAGAAGUCUGUAAUUGACAUCUUCGCAGAUUACUUGCGCUACGUCGUCAAGUGCGCCAAGAAGUUUAUAAGCGACAGCAGUCCCAUCGGAAGAAAGUUGCUAGAGACAGACGCUCCCAUUGAGUUCAUCCUGAGUCAUCCGAACGGAUGGGCUGGACCUCAGCAGAGCAAAAUGAGACGUGCGGCGAUUCAGGCAGGCCUCGUUUCCGAUGAUUCGGAAGGCUAUUCGAAGAUACACUUUGUGACCGAAGGAGAAGCAAGCCUCCACUUUUGCAUUGUGAACGGGCUUGGAGACGACGUUGUGAAGACUCACAAAUACGUGACAAUUGUCGAUGCCGGAGGUGGAACUAUAGAUCUUAGCACAUACACUUUCCUUAGCAGCUCGCCGGUGUCUGCAGAAGAAAGUGUCGCACCCAACUGCCUUGUUGAGGGCUCAACUGUAGUCAAUCGCCGGGCUGAUAAAUUGCUCAAAGAGAAGUUAACAGGGUCGCGGUUCUAUGAUCUCGAAUAUCGAAACGCAAUGUUGGAUAACUUUGAGACGACAACAAAGCCAACGUUCAGAGAUUCCAAGAAAACAUCUUUCAUUAGAUUUGGAGGUCCUCGGGACACGGAUGAGAAGUUGAAUAUCAAGCGUGGUGUUUUGUCCCUAUCAGGGUCUGAAAUGGAAUCUCUAUUUCAACCGACAAUCAAUGCAAUCAGGACGGCAAUCAAUGGACAAUUAGCUCAAGUCAACGCGGAAAACUCAACUAUUCUGUUGGUUGGUGGAUUUGCCACAAGCCCCUUCCUGCGCUCUCAGCUGCAGAACCAUGCCAGAAUUAAGGGGCUACGAUUAUUCUGCCCAGAGGGACAAACAUCUAAAGCAGUCGCUGAAGGCGCUCUGUUGUUCUACCUCGAUAACAUGGUCCGUGCGAGAGUUGCCCGGCAUGCGUAUGGUACUCGCUACAGAAUAUACUACGACGCACGUCAGCCGGAUCACAACAAGCGCAAGAAGACGAUUGUGAGAGACUUGGAAGGAAAGUUUGUGGUUCCAGGAGCGUUCGCUAUGAUUAUCCCCAAAGGGAAGGUAGUGUCGGAGCAGGAGGAAUUUAGCUACCACCUGAGCUGGACGACCCGUAAUCAGGACGAUUUUAUUGUGGUUUCUGUAUUGUCUUACCGAGGGAGCCGACCGACUCCCAAAUGGACAGAUGAAGAGCCAGAUGCAUUCUCCACCCUGUGCAAGAUUCAGGGCAAGCCCGCCAGAACUUCAUGGAUUAGAAAGAUUGGACCAGACGGGGAAUACUUACGGCAAUCCUUCAAAGUCAUAUUUCUUUUUGGGCUCACUGAGUUGAAGGCGCAGAUUAGUUGGAUGGAGAAUGUAUGUCCCGUUCCUUACCUUGCUAUCAAUAUAAUCUUUCAUAACGCGUCGUCAAAUUCUACAGGGCAAGGAGAGGAGGUAGGGGGAUUAUUCGUGGCGUAA